AUGGUUGAUUUCCCACAGUGGCAAAGUUCUCCCCUCCCUCCCUUUAACAUGACGCCGUCCUCCCCUUUAAAGCCCAACUUUGCAGCUCCGCUACAACAGCACAAUAUCUUUUUUUUCUCCCGGUUUAUAAGAUUGCACCCAGCCGAGGCGGAUAGUAUUGUGUGCACCACCGUCCACCACUCACAUCUAUUUAUGCAGACCAAUUCCAUCCGAGGAAUCGCCAUGAGCCACGGCGUCGUCUCGGCUCUGCUGUGUUUGCUGUGCGGCUUCUGCACGCCCUCCGUGGGCUACUUCGCCGAGGAGCGCUGGAGCCCCGAAUCACCACUUUUGGCUCCCCGGGUCGUGCUCGCCCUCAUCUGCCGCAACUCGGAGCACUCCUUGCCCUACGUGCUGGGCUCCGUGGAGCGCCUCGACUACCCCAAAGAACGCAUUGCCGUGUGGGUGGCGACCGAUCAUAACGAGGACAACACCACGGCCAUCUUGCGUGACUGGCUAGUUAAGGUGCAGAAUCUUUACCAUUAUGUGGAGUGGAGGCCAAAAGAGGAGCCCAGUCACUACGAGGACGAAGAGAGUCCCAAACAGUGGCCGGAUGCCCGUUACGACCACGUCAUGAAGCUGCGGCAAGUUGCACUGGAGUCGGCCCGUGAGAUGUGGGCUGACUACUUCAUGCUGAUGGACUGUGACAACCUACUCACCAACCCAAACGUCCUCUGGGAUCUCAUAAGCGAGAAUAAGACAGUCAUCGCCCCAAUGCUGGAUUCCCGGGCGGCUUAUUCCAACUUCUGGUGUGGGAUGACCAGCCAGGGCUACUACAAGCGCACGCCGGCCUACAUCCCUAUGAGGAAGCGUGUGCGAAAGGGCUGUUUUGCGGUGCCAAUGGUGCACUCCACCUUCCUGAUAGACCUGCGGAAGGAGGCGUCCAGGCAGCUGGCCUUUCAUCCGCCGCACCCUGAGUACAACUGGGCCUUCGAUGACAUCAUUGUCUUCGCCUACUCAGCUCGGAUGGCAGACGUGCAGAUGUUCGUGUGCAACCGAGAGAUAUACGGCUACAUCCCUGUGCCGCUGCGCGCCCACAAUACCUUGCAAGAUGAAGCAGAGAGCUUUAUGCAUUGCCUGCUGGAAGUGAACAUACGACUUCCCCCGGUAUUGCCGUCCAAGUAUAUUCCCGCUCCCUCUAAACACCCGGAUAAAUUGGGCUUCGAUGAGGUCUUCAUGAUCAACCUCCGGAGGCGCACUGACCGCAGGGAGCGCAUGCUGAGAGCUCUUCACGAGCAGGAGAUUGACUGCAAGGUCACUGAGGCUGUCGACGGAAAGGCUUUGAAUAUCAGUGACGUUCAGGCGAUGGGCAUCCACAUGCUUCCCGGGUACAGCGACCCCUAUCACGGCCGCCCGCUGACCAAAGGAGAGCUGGGAUGCUUCCUUUCGCACUACAACAUCUGGAAAGAGAUCGUCGAGCGCGGCCUGCUCACCUCUCUGGUGAUCGAAGACGACCUGCGCUUCGAGGUCUUUUUCAAGCGCCGUCUCAUGUAUCUGAUGAAUGAAAUUGAGGAUGAGGGACUCGACUGGGAUCUCAUCUACAUCGGCCGCAAGCGAAUGCAAGUGGACCACUCGGAGAAAGCGGUGCCCAACAUCCAUAACCUGGUGGAAGCCGACUAUUCCUAUUGGACUCUGGGUUACUUGAUAUCCCUGCAGGGAGCCGAGAAGCUGUUAAGAGCUGAGCCUUUAAAGCGGGUGCUGCCGGUGGACGAGUUUCUCCCCAUCAUGUACAAUAAACAUCCAGUGACCGACUACAUGGAGCAGUUCGAAACGCGUGACCUGAAAGCCUUCUCGGCGGAGCCCCUCCUGGUGUACCCCACCCAUUACACAGGCGACUCGGGAUACAUCAGCGACACGGAAACGUCCACCGUGUGGGACAACGACAAGAUCCGCACGGACUGGGACCGAGGACGCUCGGGUAAAACUCACGAGCAGGGGCAGCUCAGCACCGAAGCUCAGAACUCGGACGUGUUGCAGUCGCCGUUGGACAGCACGGCACGGGAUGAGCUGUAAGACAAACUCGCUCC